CAGGAAUUAAGACUCUGUGUGUAGGGCUAUGUAGACAACACUGCAAACUAAAAACAUUAUGGUUAGGUCACCAGAUCCUUCAACAUAAAUUAAAUCAGGGAGACUAUAAUCACUGUCAAUCAAUUGUACUUAUGUUUAUUUGCAGGCUGGAUUGGUGCAAGCUGAGAGACAGCUGCUGUGCAGACGUGGCUUCAGUUUUAGGCUCGGGCUCGUCUGCCUCGGCAACAGUUUGAGUGAUUAUGGUGCAUCGCUGCUUGCUGCUGCCCUGAUGAGUCCACACUGCAAACUAGAAAUACUAAAGCAAGUGAAGGAGAAAUUUGAUUUUAUUUCACUGCACAUUCACACUUACAUGAUGCUUUGCAGCCAGACCUGCAGGUAUGUAGGCGUUCCUACCUGAAACACCUGGAUCUCUGCUAUAUAACUAUCUGCAGGACUCUGGACUGAAACAGUUCUUCGGGACAACCCACUGCGCAGACUGGAAAAGCUCAGCACGGAACACAACGCUGAGUGCUGCUUGAAAUCAAUGCUGAAAAACUAUGCAUGUACAGUCAAAUUUGACAUGAACACAGUUGCCAAGUCUGUCUUCCUAAGCGAUGGGGGAACCCAGAUGAUAUGGGUCAGAGAGGAAAAGCCGUAUCCAAAUCACCCGGAGAGGUUCGAGAGCGUUGCCGAGGUGCUCUGUGACAAAGGUCUCACCCGACGCCAUUACUGGGAGGUGGAGUGGCGAGGGCCAUGGGUGGACGUUGCUGUGGCAGCGAGGGUUUGUAGAUUUGGCAACACAGAUGAAUCCUGGUGCCUGUACUGCUUCGAGGAUCACUACAGUGCCCGUCACAACCACCUGUCUAUGGAGAUACCCAACCCCAUGUCCCACUCCCACAGGGUUGAAGGGUACCUAGACUGGCCCGGAGGCACCUUGUCCUUCUACAGUGUUUCAUCUGGGACUCUCAGUCACCUUUAUACGUUCCACAGCACCUUCACUGAGCCGUUCUACCCUGGGUUUGCGAUGCAGGGGCAUGACUGUUCUGUCAUUAUCUGUCCAGCGAGGGUGUCACAACUUUCCCGGUCUGCUAGCGCAGAGAGAGUUGAUGAAUUUUAAGUAAUUCAAGCAAGGUUUUAAUCAUUAGAUUAAGUUCAGUUAAGUUCAACGGUGUAGUAUACAGUUAAUAGUGGAUAUUAUCAUGUUGAGACAUCAGCCCAAAUUACAGAUUGGUUUCACUCAGGUUUCUUUGCAGCAUUUCAUCUUCGAAGGUCUGAUUCACGUAGUCUAUGCAAAAUAGUUGUGCCCUGUUAACGUGGGCACAAAUCUGACCUCCACAGCUGGUGUAACUUUUGUUACGGAGCAUUUCAUGAAGGAAUGUCAUCAUGGCUUUGAAGUCUGUGACGCUGGUUGACCAUCAUGUUUUUAUUUAUUGAUGCAUCAUCAGUUAGCCUUUUUUCACAUGUAACACUAAUGAUAAUAAUAAGAGCGAUCGGUUAAUGUUUAACGCGUUCUAGCGUCUACAAAGUUUCAUCAUGCUAAACAGUGGAAACACUGAAGAAUCAAAAAUAUGAAACACAUUUUUUCUGUGAAAAAACCUCAGUAAGUGUUUCCAAACAUUAGUUUGGUACUGUAUGAGUAAGAAAAAUAAACCACUAAAGCUGUUUAACGUUGAA